UGGCCGAGCUGGGCGGCUCAUCAGCAAGGCCCAGCAACCUGAACUUCGCUUCGCUUCGCUCCUAAUGAUUGAAUAACACUCUUCGAUUCGAAUGGCCGGGCGACAGAAAUAAGCACCUAAGAUACGCAUUAUUGUCUUAAAGCUUCUCUUGCAUGUUCACCUCUCCUGUCCUCAGACUGAGGCUGAAAAUGGCUGUCGGUUUCUGGGUCUUCCUCGCUCUGUUGCUGGUGGCGGUGGCGGCGGUGGUGGUGGUGGAGGCUGCGGCCAUCAGCGUGAAGAACGCGUCGCCGUCUCCUCUUGGCUGGGAGGAAGACGUGGUGGUCGGGGCGGGACACGUACUGGAACACUACCUGGCGGGGUGUCAUGUUGUCAUCGCUGCUCCUCGCCUCUCACCUGCUCUUGCUUCGCUCCUCAGAGAAGUGUCGGCGGUGAGCGUGUCUGUUGCACUGGUGGACAUCACCCUGUGCAUGGAUCUGACACCGCGCAACGUGUGGAAUGAGGGGAGUCUGGACUACUGGCAGAGGCUGUGGGACAGCGGGGUGGAGGCCACGUGCAGGGUUCUCGUCAUGGACCACACCGCUGCGGACAUUGCAUCAGCCGCAUCACUCCUGACGUGCUCAGAUCUUUGGCAACAAGCAGACACGCGAGUACUGAUCAUGGGCAGGAGGGAAGACGUGGAGGUCCUGCUGAGGAACGAGGGUCUGCGCAACACCCGCCACGCCAUGUACCUCACGCCCCACGCUCCCACACAACAGCAGCAGUCUGGAGCAGCCAAGCGUGGUGUUAUAGACUUGUACACACGGUGUCUUUACUGUGACGCUGGUGGGUCCAAGCUGCAGCUGACGCAACGCUGGAAUUUGUCAGAUCUGCCACAGGAAUUAACGAUAUUUCCGGAGCAGCACAAGGCCUUUACGGGAAGCAUGCUGAGAGUGGUGGCCAAGACAUACUUCCCCUUAUUCGAUUACGAGCCGCUGAGCGACAAACCGGGCACCCUGGUGACGCCCAAGGACUCCCUGUGUGCCCGCAUGAUUGCCACCCUCGCCGCUGCUUAUAACUUCACAUGCGUGGUGAGAGAGCCAGAGGACGGCCAGUGGGGUCUCCUGACCAGCAACGGCAACUGGACGGGAUUGGUUGGCAAGCUGCAGUACGAGAAUGCAGAUUUCUCCUUGGACAUCACCGUGACGCUCGAGAGAUCCAAGGUGGUGGACUUCACAGUGCCCUACGUUGAGGAACCUGUUGUAAUUCUCUCCCCAAAACCAAGACCUCUUCCUGAGUAUUUGUCGCUUGUUAGGCCGCUGGAAGCCACUGUCUGGAUUGCCGUGGUGCUGAGCGUCUUCGCGUGGGGCACGACGCUGUGGCUGAUGCAGAUGGGCUGGCAUUGGAUUUCUGGAGGUCGCCGGCUGAGUUUCUCCACGUCCAUAUUCUACGGGUGGGCGGUGCUGCUGGAGGACCACCCCUACCAAUCACUCGUCAACGCCUCCAGUCAGGUUCUGGUGGGCGCGUGGCUCAUCGUGGGAUUAAUCGUGACCACAGGCUACAGGUCCUCGCUCAUCUCUCAUCUGGUGGUGCAGGGGAAGUCAGCGGUCAUCAAUAGCAUGGAGGAGCUGGUGGACAGAAGAGAGACGGAUGGCUGGCGAUGGGGAACACGGAGGAUGACAGGAGUGCUCAAGAACUUCCUCAGUUCCAGUUCUGACCCAGCCAUAGUGCAGGUCUAUAAACACAUGGAGACUGCAGAUAUUGAUGAAGGGAUGAAAAGAGUCGUGGACGGGGGUUUCUCCUACAUCUACAACUACUACUACAGCAAGUCCAUGGUGGCGACAACUUACACGGAUGACACUGGCUACACGCCCGUACACCUCAGCAGGUCUAAGUACCCGCUCUUCUCGGGGAACGCUUGGGCGUUUAGACGCGGCGCGCCCUUCCGCUCCCACUUCAACAAGGCCAUCCUGAAGCUCCUGGAUGCUGGUCUGGUCACCUUCUGGAUGGACGACGUGAUCAACAACUACGUAAGGAGGGAGAGGCGGAGGAGAGCACAGGAGACGGGAGGCCAAGUGACCAUCAUUGCGUUGGACGACGAAGAGGUAGUGUUGGGUUUACGUCACAUGCAAGGCACCUUCUACACGCUAAUGCUUGGCCACUCCCUUGCCUUCAUCGCCUUCGUCACUGAGUACCUCUAUCAAAUCCACUGACCGUCAUGGUAAUAGAAGAAAGAAAAGGAGAAAACUCGUCUGUCAUUAAAGAAAAGGGAAAAAAUCUUGUCUAUUUGAUCUCCGCAUCCUUCAAAUUCAACAGUAGAGUUUCAUUCCUCAGGUGCCUUGAUACUUGUGCUGCUCUUUUCUUAUUGCAAGGAGGGAGUCAUGUGUAAUUUAUUUUGCACACACACACACACACA